AUGAGGAGGGAGAACCAGAGCAGUGUGUCUGAGUUCCUCCUCCUGGGGCUCCCCAUCCAGCCAGAGGAGCAAGGCAUGUUCUACGCCCUGUUCCUGGCCAUGUACCUGACCACGGUGCUGGGGAACCUGCUCAUCAUCCUGCUCAUCAGGCUGGACUCUCGCCUCCACACCCCCAUGUACUUCUUCCUCAGCCACUUGGCCCUCACUGACAUCUGCUUCUCCUCAGUCACAGCUCCAAAGAUGCUCAUGAACAUGCUGACGCAGACUCAGUCCAUCUCAUAUGCUGGGUGCAUUUGUCAGGCAUAUUUUUUCUUAUUGUUUGGAGCUCUUGACAGCUUCCUUCUGACCUCCAUGGCCUAUGACAGGUAUGUGGCCAUCUGUCACCCCUUGCACUACACCACUAUCAUAAGCCAGAGCCUCUGUUUCCUGCUAGUGGUUGUAUCCUGGGUCUUAUCCUCUGCUGGUGCCCUUGUGCACACCCUUCUCCUAGCCCGGCUCAUGAGGAGGGAGAACCACAGCAGCGUGUCCAAGUUCCUCCUCCUGGGGCUCCCCAUCCAGCCAGAGGAGCAAGACGUCAUCUUCGCCCUGUUCCUGGCCAUGUACCUGACCACGGUGCUGGGGAACCUGCUCAUCAUCCUGCUCAUCAGGCUGGACUCUCGCCUCCACACCCCCAUGUACUUCUUCCUCAGCCACUUGGCUUUCUCUGACUUCUCCCUUUCAUCGAUCUCGGUUCCCAAAAUGCUGGCGGAUGUGCAGACCCAGCAACACUCCAUCCCCUACGAGGGGUGCAUUUCUCAGAUGUACUUUUUUGUUCUUUUUGGCUGUCUGGACAAUUUCCUCCUUGCAGUGAUGGCCUAUGACAGGUAUGUGGCCAUCUGUCACCCACUGCACUACGCUGCUGUCAUGAGGGAGGAGCUGUGUGUCUGGUUGGUAGCCGGGUCCUGGUUCUUCUCUUGUGUCCAUGCCCUGUUGCACACCCUCCUCUUGGUUCCACUGUCCUUCUGUGCUGACAACACCAUCCCCCACUUCUUCUGUGACCUUACUGCCAUCCUAAAGCUGAGCUGCUCGGACAUCUCCCUCAAUGAGCUGGUCAUCUUCACCGAGGGAGGAAUGCUUUUCAUCCUGCCUCUGAGUAGCAUCCUAGGCUCUUAUAUCCGAAUAGGGACCGCUGUCCUGAGGGUCCCCUCCACUAAGAGAUUCUUUAAAACUUUUUCUACCUGUGGCUCCCAUCUCUCUGUGGUGUCUUUAUACUAUGGGACUCUUGCAGGUGUUUACUUUUUCUCUUCAUCACAGAACUCCAGUGACAAGGACAUUAUUUCUUCUAUCAUUUAUACAAUAGUUACACCCAUGUUGAACCCCUUCAUCUACAGCCUGAGGAACAGAGACAUAAAACAGGCCCUGGAAAUAUUUGUCAGCAGGGUUAACUUCUUUAAGUGA